AAAAGUGACAUUGCAGAGACCAUAUCAACAUGUCGAGGGCAACUGACGGAGAAAAGAUGUAUAUUUGUAGGUUCUUUGUACUUUCAGGUAAACAAGGAAGUGGAACUGGGUUAAUAGCAGCAUGACACCAGGAAGUUAGUCCACAUGGCUGACCACGAAGCACACAACAAUGAGCUCUCAAACAAAAAUAUGUUGGAGUUCCCCUGGGAGGGGAAAACUGGAAUGGGAGUGACGAUGGAAUGGACGUAAAAACAGUGAUGAGACGCUGAAGGCUCAGAGUGAGCGCUGAUGAGGACACUGUAACUAAAACUGCUUGCUAACAUGCUUAGCAUUGGCUGAUGGUGAUUUACCAAAGCUGUUCGAAUGAAGGACAAUCAAUCAGUUAAGACUCAGCUAUGAAUAGCAUCCUCUACUACGGAGAAUAUCACAACUGCACCAAUGUGGACCAGCUGAUGCAGCGCUAUUUCCUGUCUGUCUCCUACGCCAUCAUCUUCAUUGUGGGCUUUUUGGGAAAUGUAACCUCCCUCUGUGUUUACCUUACAAAGCUGCAACCCUGGAAGAGCAGCAGCAUCAUCAUGGUCAACCUGGCACUGACUGACCUCCUCUAUGUCCUCAGCAUGCCCUUCCUGGUUUACUACUACAGCAGCGGGAACUCGUGGAUGCUCGGUGACUUCAUGUGCCGCUUUGUGCGCUUUGGGUUUCAUUUCAACCUGUACGGGAGCAUCCUCUUCCUGACGUGUCUCGCAGUUUUCCGCUAUGUGGUGGUGAUGAAUCCUUUGAGGUCAGCACAGGUACAGCAGAAGAUUUGGGGUAUAGCAGCAUGCUCAGCUGUCUGGAUCAUCGCUGCUGCUGAAAUCACUCCUAUGUUGACGAUGAUAACCUUGGAAGAACAUAACAACAAGACCUACUGCUUGGACUUUGCAAGCACCAUACCUGUUGACGUUGUGCGGUGGUAUAGCUUGCUCCUCACUGUGAUCGGAUUUCUACUCCCCCUACUGGUGGUGUCCAUGUGUUACAUUGGUAUAGUAAAACAGUUAGCAAAAGGGCCCUAUACGACCACUCCCUGUCGGAUGCGAGCACGGCGCGUGACCAUACUAAUCCUGGUGGUGUUUAUUGUGUGUUUCCUGCCAUAUCACAUCUUGCGCGUGUUGCGAAUAGAAACUCGGAACAUACAAGAGUCACCAUGCAUGGUGGUGCGUACUGUUCAUGCUGCAUAUAUUAUCUCCAGGCCUCUGGCCGCAUUCAACACGUUUUUUAAUCUGGCUCUGUACACUCUUUCGGGUGAUAAGUUUAGGAGUGCGUUCCUCAGCAUUUUUUACUGGGAUAAUUGGCUGACCAAGGCCAGGUCGCUGCUCCACGUGUCCACCAUCAGCAAGGCAGGCAGUGACAUGCCUGCUGUAUGAGUGAAAACUGUCCAACACCUGCCUUUUCUUUCUUUUAUCUCUCUUGGACUCAUACCAGUGGACAUACGGUAAGCUUACUCCCUCAGACAUGUUGAGAAAGCUUCAUAAAAGCUGCUUAACAGCUGUGGUUUAUUCACUGUGUGUUCCCCAGAGAUAAUAAACCUCCCCUUUAGUUUUGGUUUGUCUUGGGCAAAAACUGUUUACCAACCCCUUAUUAAAUAAGGGGUUAUAAAUGGUAAAAGCUAUAAAAAUUUGCAUGUCAAGUCAGACCUUUGUCCUCACCUUUUCUUUCUUAGACUGGGAGUCUCGUGAGUGUAAUUUACCUGACUAAGAAUACAAUGGAACCUUUUGUUUGGAGCUAAACAAACAGCUCUACUUUGUGAGUGAGUUUGCAUUUCUGAGCUGUGUGUCUGCUGUUAAAAAUAACUGAUGCAAAAAAAAAAAAAAAAAAAAGGUUUGCGGUUUUCAUUUUCAUUUGCAGAUUUACAACAUGCUGCCCGCCCCACCUGUAAAUAUCUCUACAGGGAAUCUGAAGCUGUUUUGUGCCUUAAAAAGAAUUUUUUUUUUGUUUGUUUGUUUUAAAUAAUUAAACUGCACUGGUUUUAGUGCCUGAGCUUCUGCUAUUCCAAACCAUUUUUAUGAUCUCCUUAUUUUUCCUCAAGCCCUACCAUUAACUGCUCUGUAAUCCAUGUCCCCCCCAGGAUGAAUUUUUAAUUACCCAUCUCCUGUUAUCAGUAGGACAAAAAUCAUCCAGAUCUUUCAUUUAUGACCAAAUACCGACAAAAUUAAUGACAUUCCCUUCAGCCCCAGCUUUAUUUUGAUUUUAGUGCUAAUCAGCAUAUGUUAGCAUGCUAACAUGCUAAAUCAAGAUCGUAAAUGUUGUAAACAUCUAACAAAAUGCAACAAUAUAUCUGUCUGAUAUCAGCAUGUUAGCAUUGUCAUUGUGACCUUGUUAGCAUACUGACAUUAAAACCAAACAUUAUGAACACAGAACAACGUCAGAGCCACUUGCAUGGCUCUAGACCUUUCCCUUGCUGUACAUUACACCUCUUAAUAUCUUCACUGUGAAUUUGAAGCUGUUUUGUGCUUUAAAAAGAAUUAAACCAUACACGUAAUAGUUACUGUGCACUUGCAACUUCAAGCUAAAAGAACUUUGUGGAAAACUGUAGCUAGCUAGCUAGCUCAUGCUAAUGCUAGCAUUGGCUUCAUGUUAUUUUGUCUGGUUCAAAAAUCAUAAAUAACAAUAAUCUUGAUUAACAACAUAUGACAUCUUUACGUUUUAAGUCUGUUGUUGAGUUUACUGUCAUGCUGUAAAUUAAAACUUGUGUUUUUAAACAA